AUGGCUAUCAACGGUUCAACGGGACCGCGGCCCUUAACCCCCGGCGUCUACGUGCCCACGGUCGCCUUCUUUGCCGGCCCCAACGAGGACGUGGAUGUCCCCACGGUCGAGAAACAUGCUGCCUACCUUGCUCAAUCCGGCGUGGCAGGUCUGGUGGUGCAAGGGAGCAAUGGUGAAGCUGUCCACUUGGACCGCGACGAGCGAAAUGUCAUCACGGCCGCCACUCGUCGAGCUCUAGAUGCUCAGGGUGCUUCGACAAUGCCACUCAUUGUCGGCUGUGGUUCCUCCUCCACGCGAGAGACCAUUCAGUUCUGCACCGAUGCCGCUAACGCUGGCGGUGACUAUGCCCUGGUCCUACCACCGUGCUACUACAAGGGCCUUGUCGAUGGCGAGAGCCUCCGCGAGCAUUUCCGCGCUGUGGCUACCGCGUCGCCCAUUCCCGUGCUCAUUUAUAACUUCCCCGGUGCGUCGUCGGGUCUGGACCUCAGCUCCGAUGACAUCUUGGCCCUGUCAGAGCACCCAAAUAUUGUCGGGGUGAAGCUGACGUGUGGCAACACCGGGAAGCUGGCUCGUAUCACGGCCCAGGCCAAACCCGAGUUCCUAACUUUCGGCGGAUCUGCCGAUUUCACGCUCCAGACCCUCAUCGCUGGCGGGGCGGGUAUCAUCGGCGGAGUCGCCAAUCUGAUCCCUCGCGCCUGCGUGCAGGUCAUGGAGCUGUACCGGGCCGGCCGGGUGGAAGAGGCCCAGCGGCUGCAAGCGAUUGUGGCCCGAGCCGACUGGCAUGCAAUCAAGGGAGGGUUCGUUGCUGUCAAGAGUGCGCUACAGAGCUACCGGGGAUACGGAGUACAGCCCCGACGGCCUUGCGUGGUCCCGUCGGCGGAGGAGAGAUUGGCGUUGCAGGAGGCUUUCAAGGAAGGGAUCGAGCUUGAACGGAAAUUGGAAAAGGCGUGA